UGGCCGUUUUCUUUGUGCUGAGGAAAAAGCCCAAACAGAUCACGUUUCUGCAUGUAUUCCAUCAUUCCAUCAUGCCAUUUACUUGGUGGUUUGGAGUGCGGUUUUCUCCAGGUGGCUUGGGCACAUUUCAUGCUCUUCUAAACUGCAUUGUUCAUGUCAUCAUGUAUACAUACUAUUUGCUGUCAGCUCUGGGCCCUUCCUUUCAGAGAUUUUUGUGGUGGAAGAAGCAUCUGACUUCCUUACAGCUGAUCCAGUUUGUCCUCGUAACCGUUCACAUCAGCCAGUACUUCUUCAUGAAAGACUGUCCUUACCCCUAUCCUCUAUUCAUGUACAUCAUUGCUCUGUAUGGCAUCAUCUUCCUCCUCCUCUUCCUCAAUUUCUGGCACCAUGCAUACACAAAAGGCAAGCGGCUUCCUAAAAUCCUGCAAAAGACAAUCAGUCCAAAGAACAACAAUGACAUACACCAUAAGAAAGAGUAAACUGAUGCAGCACCACAAACAAAACUAGAUGCGACAAUCAGCCUUUCGGCUUCAUUUUUAUAAUAUUUAUAUAAUGUUUAUCACGAGAAGAAGGUUACUCUGCCGACUGCGUUUCGGUCUGGCUUGAAUUUUGCCUUAUGCCCUCAUCUGGGCAUUUGUGUUGAACUCUGUCAUUGCCUCGAGGGCUCCUGUUUCUACUUAUUUUCCUCAUUGUUUUCUGCAUACUGACCCUGAUUAUUGAGACAUGAAUGAGUCAGAAGCCUCUCAGCUCCUUUCAGUCUCGCCUUUAUUGCCAUUUUAGACACUUUUUUUUUUUUUUGUAUAUUUGGAUGUUUGUGUCCCCAUUUUUGACUGCAUCUGCAAACAAGACGACGAAGUGUUGGUCAUUUUCUUUUCCUAUGUAAAAAAAGAGAGAAAAAGUAGUGUUGGGGAAAUUCUACCUUGUACAACCAGGUGAUGUGUCUCCAUCAUGCAUAUUUUUGUCUGCCUUUCAACAUCCUGAAAAAAGUGAAUGUCCUUUAAGGAGCCGAUGCAUUGAUCUCAUCUUGCACUAUUGGUGAAGGAGGACAGGAAUGUGGUUGUUUUAGAUUGUGUAUCAUUCCAUUAUGAAUGUCUUGGGCUGUUUUGUCCCAGACAGGAUCUUGCAAUUGUUUUGUAAAAUGAAAUUCAUUGUUAACAUACCAUUUUUAAAUAUUUAUGAUGAAAUAAAUAAAUGCUUUAUUCACUUA